AUGCCUCCUAAAGGAAAGAAAGUCGCCGCGGCGCCAUUCCCUGGCACAAAGGCUGGCUCGAACAAGAAAGCUGCAAAGAACCCUCUGUUCGAGAAGCGACCACGAAACUACGGCAUCGGCCAAGAUGUUCAGCCACGACGAAACCUUUCUCGCAUGGUCAAAUGGCCAGAGUAUGUGCGACUUCAGAGACAAAAGAAGAUCCUCAACUUGCGAUUGAAGGUCCCACCAGCGAUUGCUCAAUUCCAAAGCACUCUUGAUCGCAACACUGCCACGCAAACCCUCAAGCUCCUCAACAAGUACCGACCAGAGACAAAAGCACAGAAGAAGGAGAGACUCCAGAAGGAGGCUACCGCUGUGGCUGAUGGCAAGAAGAAGGAGGACGAUGGCAAGAAGCCAUAUGCUGUCAAGUAUGGUCUCAACCAUGUCGUUGGCCUUAUCGAGAACAAGAAGGCCUCUCUAGUCUUGAUUCCAAACGACGUUGACCCAAUCGAGUUGGUCGUCUACCUCCCAGCCCUAUGCCGAAAGAUGGGUGUGCCAUACGCUAUCAUCAAAGGCAAGGCCAGACUCGGCACUGUCGUCCACAAGAAGACUGCUGCAGUUGUUGCUCUGACCGAGGUUAAGCAAGAGGACAAGAACGAGCUCAGCAAGCUGGUGAGCACUAUCAACGAUGGCUUCAACAAUAAGUACGAGGAGCACCGAAGACACUGGGGUGGUGGUAUCAUGGGUACCAAGGCUAUCGCUAGAGAAGAGAAGAAGAGAAAGGCUAUUGAGACCGCCAUCAAGAUCUAA